CCCGCGCAGCCCCUAAGCUGGAGGGAUGGAGAACUCCUCCGCUGCGUCCGCCUCAUCCGAGGCUGGGAGCAGCCGCUCCCAGGAGAUCGAGGAGCUGGAGCGCUUCAUUGACAGCUACGUGCUCGAGUACCAGGUGCAGGGGCUGCUGGCCGACAAGACGGAGGGGGACGGCGAGAGCGAGCAGACGCAGUCGCACAUCUCCCAGUGGACAACAGACUGCAGUGAGCAGCUGGACAGCAGCUGUUCCUUCUCCCGAGGCCGAGCUCCCCCACAGCAGAAUGGCAGCAAAGACAACUCUCUGGACAUGCUGGGCACAGAUAUCUGGGCAGCCAACACCUUUGAUUCCUUCAGUGGUGCCACCUGGGACCUGCAACCCGAAAAGCUAGACUUCACCCAGUUCCACCGGAAGCUGAGACAUACGCCCAAGCAGCCCCUGCCGCAUAUCGACCGGGAAGGGUGUGGAAAAGGGAAGCUAGAAGACGGGGAUAGCAUCAACCUGAACGACAUCGAGAAGGUUCUCCCAGCCUGGCAGGGCUACCACCCGAUGCCCCACGAAGUGGAGAUCGCCCACACGAAGAAGUUGUUCCGACGGAGGAGAAAUGACCGGAGACGGCAGCAGAGACCCCCAGGAGGAAACAAGCCCCAGCAGCAUGGUGACCACCAGCCAGGCAGUGCCAAACACAACAGGGACCACCAGAAAUCCUACCAGGGGGGCUCGGCACCCCACCCCUCAGGGAGGCCCACCCACCAUGGCUACAGCCAGAACCGACGCUGGCACCAUAGCAACAUGAAGCACCCCCCGGGCGACAAGGGGGAGGCAGGCGCCCACCGCAAUGCCAAAGAGACCGUGACCAUGGAGAGUUCCAAACUGGAGGACGCCCUGGGGGACACCGGGCACAGCGGCCUCGAACCCCCCUGCAGCCCUGAUGUGCUUGCCCCAGUGGCUUCUGAGAGGCUGCCCCUGCAGCAGUUGGGGGGUCCGGAGGCUGAGACAAAGCGUAAAGACAGUAUUAUUCCCGAGCGCAUCGGGGAGCGGCCCAAAAUUACCCUGCUCCAAUCUUCCAAAGACAGGCUGCGGCGAAGGCUGAAAGAAAAGGUACCGGACGAAGUGGCCGUGGAGACCACCAGCCCUCAGCAGAACAAGAUGGACAAGUUGAUCGAGAUCCUGAACAGCAUGCGGAACAACAGCAGCGACGUGGACGCCAAGCUCAGCACCUUCAUGGAGGAGGCCCAGAACUCGACCAACUCCGAGGAGAUGCUGGGAGAGAUCGUCCGGACCAUCUACCAGAAGGCCGUGUCCGACCGCAGCUUCGCCUUCACGGCCGCCAAGCUCUGUGACAAGAUGGCACUCUUCAUGGUGGAGGGGACCAAGUUCCGGAGCCUGCUUCUCAACAUGCUUCAGAAGGACUUCACCGUCCGGGAAGAGCUUCAGCAGCAGGACGUGGAGCGCUGGCUCGGCUUCAUCACCUUCCUGUGUGAGGUGUUCGGCACCAUGCGCAGCAGCACGGGCGAGCCCUUCCGCGUGCUCGUCUGCCCCAUCUACACCUGCCUCAGGGAGCUCUUGCAAUCUCAGGAUGUGAAGGAAGAUGCCGUCCUGUGCUGCUCGAUGGAGCUGCAGAGCACAGGCCGGCUGCUGGAGGAGCAGCUGCCUGAGAUGAUGACCGAGCUCCUGGCCAGCGCCCGCGACAAGAUGCUCUGCCCCUCAGAGUCGAUGCUGACCCGGUCGCUGCUUCUGGAGGUCAUCGAGCUCCAUGCCAACAGCUGGAACCCUCUGACGCCCCCCAUCACGCAGUACUACAACAGAACCAUCCAGAAACUGACAGCCUGACAGCCAGGGGGCCUGGCGGGCGGCCCGCGGGCAGCUGGGGCCCUGGUACCCAGGGCCAGAUGGACAGGCGGGAGGACAGGGGUGGCCCUGGCGGGAGAAAGAAGUGGGGAGGGAAGCAGGCAGAGCCGGUGGCCAGGCUGGAGCCAGACAGGGAAGGAGGAGUGCCCCUCGUCCGAGCCCCCCCAGCCCCACGCAUGCGGCAGCUCUCACCAAUAAGGGAAGCAUGUUUCUUUCUCAUGGUGGCCCUGGUCGCCCCUCCCCACUCCCACUCCUCCCUGCCCCCUCCCGCCAGCCUCGUCCCCCGCAGGGCUUUGUGCAAGGGGUUUCAUCUCCGUGACUCCUCUGAGGGCCUGGCAGCGCCGCACGCCAGGGUACCGCUUGGGUCAGAAAGGACCUCAGAAGGCUGAAAAAGUGGGUCGGAGACGGGCUUGCAUUGUUCCUGCUGUCAGCCGCCGUCGCCAACUGGCAGCAGGCGACGUAGAGCAGAUGUCCAGGAGGACAAAGGCAGGCACGGUCCCCACCGGCCGCCUGUAAUUGACGGCCUUUGUCCUGCGCGGUCAGACUGGGGGUCGGAGGCUUCUCCUCUAACCUUCGCGCUGCACCCUCCCCACUUCCAGGUCCUCCUCCCGGUGGCCCCCAAGCCUCAGGCCCAGGGGGUGGGGCGCAGGGAGGGGAGCGGGAGUGUGCGGGUCUACUCAUACUCUGGUGUUUUAUUGUUUUAUUUUCCAAAGUCAGCUGCUUUGAAGUCUCCUCUCAAUGAAAAGAGUCCGAGAUGUGAUCACACAGUCAGCACCACGAGGACCCCCCUGAUCAGUGGAAGGAUCAAACCCAGCCCCCUCUGGAAGGAUUCUAGCCACAGAUAGCUUGCCAGUAGCCAAUUAGGGUAAUUGGAAACUUCUGCCCCAGCGGGGGUCCCGCUGGAACCCUGUGCUCUGCUCGGCAGCCCUUGGCUUCCAGGACCUCUGUUCUCUUCUUCUAGCCGUGCUCUGUCAAAGGUCUGACACUGUCACAGGCGCCAGGAGUGCGUUAAACCCCGUCCUGGCUUGGGGGCAGUGGGG